CUAUGCAAUUUAUAUCCCCAAAACAGAAAGUUUUUCGUUCCACUACUGUGAGUAAUAAUAAUCUGAGAAUAUAUGAUGAGGCACUGCUCAUCAUUGACUACGUUUCUCCUUAUUUGCCUUGUAGUACUGCUUCUUUCUCAAUCUCUAAUCCAUUCCUUAUCCCCUUCUUCUCAGUUGUGUCAUCCUGAUGAGAGCUCUGCCUUGCUCCAAUUCAGAAACUCAUUUUCCAUCAACAUUCCCAUAUUCUUCAAUGAGGCAGACUUGAAGACUGUCUCUUGGAAGAAUGGUACAGAUUGUUGUUCAUGGGAUGGAGUGUUGUGUGAUACUUUUUCAGGGCAUGUCAUUGGCCUUAACCUCAGUUAUAGCCGUCUUCAAGGUCCUCUUCACUCCAAUAGCACCCUUUUCUCACUUCGCCAUAUCCAAACUUUAAUCCUUGACUACAAUGAUUUCUAUGGCUCUUCAAUUCCCCCGGAAUUUGGUAGUUUUCUCAAUAUGAAAAGGCUUAGCCUCUAUGAUGCCAAUUUUACCGGCUAUGUCCCUGUCGAAAUGUCUCACCUUUCUAAAAUGACUUAUCUCACCCUUUAUUCAUUCUCUUCAAGUGAUAACAUUUUGCUGGAGACAUCUGUCUUGAAAAGAAUGCUUCAAAACUUCACCAAUCUCAGGGAACUUUCACUGGGUUAUGUCAACAUGUCUAAUGUUGAACUAGCUAGUUCGUUCAUGAAUGUAUCAUCUUCUUUAAAGCUUCUUAAUCUCUAUUACUGUGGAUUGCAAGGGAAAUUUCCAGAAAAUGUCUUUCGCUUACCAAACCUUCAUCAGCUCUAUUUAUGGUACAACCAUGAUCUUAUUGGUUCCAUGCCUACAUUUAAUUGGAGCAGUCCACUCAGGUAUGUAGAUCUUUCCCAAACUAGAAUCUCUAUUGAUUUUUCAUACUUGUGUGCAAGUGCUAAGUCUUUACAGAGUUUGUAUCUCAAGAAUUGUAGUUUUAUAGGAUCAUCAUAUUCUGCAAUGUGGACUAACCUCCCUCAAUUAGUGCAACUGACUUCUUUAGACCUCAGUUACAACAAUUUUGGUGGCCAAAUCCCAUUGCUUUCUCUCAAUCUUCAGCACUUUAUCUACUUGGACCUUUCAAACAACAAUUUUGUUGGCAAUAUCCCUGAAUUUUCAAAAACAAACUCCACCCAAAGCCCCCCACAAUUGAGUUUACAGCACCUCUCCUUAUCUCAUAACUUGCUCAGUGAAUCAAUACCUUCUUGGAUAUAUUCUCUUCCCUAUUUAGUGUAUUUAGGGCUGGACAAUAAUAAACUUUCAGGCCCAAUUUUAGAAUUCCAAUCCAAAUCUCUUGAACACUUUAACUUGGGUUCUAAUAAACUGCAAGGCCAAAUUCCAAACUCAGUAUUUCAACAAAGCAAUCUCAAAUGGCUAGAUCUCUCAAACAAUAAUUUGGAUGGUGUUCUAGAGUUGAACAAGUAUUCAAUGUUGAAAAAUCUUCUGAGUCUCGAACUUUCUUUUAACAAUUUCACUGUGGCCUCAAAUAAAUAUGCCAAUAGUGAUCCAUUCCCUCAACUCUCCCAUCUGGGUUUGGCUUCAUGCAAUAUUAGUCAUAUUCCACAUAUUCUCAAAAGCAUGAAAAGAUUAAACACCCUACAACUAUCGUACAAUCAAAUUCAUGGUAGGAUUCCUGAAUGGCUGUGGAAUGAGGGAACAAGUUCAUUGUCUGUAUUGAAUAUUUCUUACAAUUUUUUGAAACAUGUAGAGAGAAUUCCCUUUAAAAACCUGGCGUAUUUAGAUCUUCGAUCUAACAUGAUUCAAGGGCCUCUUCCAAUUGUUCCACCUUUGUUGAGAAUACUUCUCAUCUCAAACAAUCAUCUAUCUGGAGAGAUACCUUCUGCUUAUUGCAAUUUGAGUCAGUUAGAUAUCUUUGACGUCUCUAAUAACAGUAUUCAUGGAAACAUUCCUUCAUGCUUUCAAAACAAGUUCUCUCUCACUGUUUUAGAUCUGCAUAUGAACAAUUUUAGUGGAGAAAUCCCUCAUGACAUGUUUGAAAAGUUGAUUGAUUUGAGGAGUCUGCACCUUAGUGACAAUCAUCUAGAAGGAUCCCUACCACACUCUAUGCUCAAUUGCCAAAGCUUGGAAGUUUUAGACGUGGGAAAUAACAAGUUGAACGAUACCUUCCCCCAUUGGCUACAAGAGCUUCCAAUGCUCCAAGUUCUUGUUUUGAAAUCUAAUAGAUUCCAUGGUUCUAUAGGGGCACCUAAGGUUAAAUUUCCUUUUCACAAGUUGCAAAUCAUGGAUCUCUCCAACAAUGAAUUCAACGGCCUUCUACCAGCAAAGUAUUUUGAAAGUUUCACGGCUAUGAUGGAUGGACACACAAGCAGUAACUUCACAAGCAUCAAACAACCUUAUUACCAAGAUUCUGUGAUUGUUGUGGUGAAAGGUUUUGAGCGUUUAUUAGAAAAAAUCAUAAGCAUUUUUGUGACAAUCGAUUUCUCAAGAAAUAACUUUGAUGGGGAGAUUCCAGAGUCGAUUGGAAAGCUGAAAUCACUAAAAGGGCUUAACUUUUCUCAUAAUAAACUAAAAGGCUUCAUUCCAAUGUCAUUGGCAAAUCUAAGUAAUCUUGAAUGGUUAGAUUUGUCUGUGAAUGGAUUGAUUGGAGAGAUUCCCAGUAAAAUGGUCGAUUUGACGCAACUUUCACACUUAAACCUUUCAUAUAACAAAUUGAAAGGAUCAAUACCUCUUGGAAACCAAUUCCAUACAUUCAACAAUGAUUCAUAUGAUGGAAACAUAGAAUUAUGUGGAUUUCCUUUGUCUAGAUCUUGCAACAAUGGGAUGCAACAAGAUGGUGAUCGUGGCGAGAAACUUACCGAUCACAUAAUAUUUGAUUGGAAAAUUGUGAUGAUCGGAUAUGGAUGUGGACUAAUAAUCGGAAUAUCUAUAGGCUACAUGGUGCUUUACACUGGAAGGUUUGACUAUUGGCUAUAUAAAAAGGUUGGAGUAGGGGGACAAAGACAAAGAAUAUGUCGUAAAAGAAAUGCUCGUUUGAGAAGAAGGCGCUAGCUAGAAUAUCAAACCAGCAAGCUCAUGAUCAAGAAAAGUACUGUUGACUGCAGAAAGAUGGGACAAUGUUGUUGAAGGUUUAGCUCCUGACUGAUGUGUUAGAGCCCUCAUCUUAUUUUCUUGUACUUUAAAUCUUGUUUCCCUCUAUAGAUGUAGUCAUUGAACUAUUGAAGGGUAAAAUGAAGAAUGUUUUAUUUCCAUUUUCAAAUCUAAUUGUAGUUUGAAUGUCAUGCCUUGUGGUGUGAUUCAAGUCACUUAUGUCUAUAAAUAGAGUUAACUACUCUAUUAUUUGUAAUAGAGAGUUUACAAACUUAGAAAAAGAAAAGUUUAUUUUGAGAGUUGGAGGGCUGUUAAAGAGUUCUAGGUGUGUUUGAUCCUAAUCUCUCAUGUAAGAUGUUUUGUAAUCCAUUUUUGAUUUCACUGUGAAGCUCGAUUGUAUGGCUACUCUCUUUGAUCAUCAAUAAAGUUUCUCAAGCAAUUUGUGUAGCUGCUCUACCCUUGGAGUAGGGAGCAAAGACACAUUGUCUUUGUCUA